UGUAUGUAUGACUACACAAUACAUUUGCUGAAAUCUAACUUUCACCCACUCACCUUCUUUUCUUCUUCUCUCUCCCCAACAAAAUACAAAAAACAGAACAAAACUCUGUUUCUCUCACCUUUACAUAUAGUGUAAAAGAAAAACUCACUUCUUCGAAUCUCCACAUCUAUUAGACCACACAGAGAGACAUAGCAAAGAGAGAGUAGAGAAGAAGAUGGCUGUAAAAUACUUCCAGAGAGAGGUGUUACCAGUAACAGCUCUGGUGAUAAUGGAAUGUGCAAACGUUGGUUUGAACACUCUCUUCAAAGCAGCUACUUUGAAAGGCAUGAGCUCUCAUGUCUUCAUCGUUUACUCUUAUGGUCUUGCUGCUCUUCUUCUCUUACCUUCUCUCUUUUGCUCCUUCAGAUCAAGAACUCUUCCACCGAUGAAUUUCUCAAUCCUGUACAAGAUCGUGCUUCUAGGGAUUAUUGGAUGCUGUUCAAACAUAAUGGGAUACACAGGGAUCAAUUAUAGUAGUCCAACACUUGCUUCUGCAAUCAGCAACCUUACUCCAGCUUUCACCUUCUUGCUCGCCGUCCUUUUCAGGAUGGAGACUGUGUCUUUCAAAAGAACAAGUAGUGUGGCUAAAAUGUUAGGAACAGUUGUGUCUAUUGGAGGUGCAUUUAUAGUGACUCUUUACAAUGGUCCGGUGGUGAUUGCUACAUCGCCACCGUCUGUUUCUUUGCGGUCGCAAUCGACUAAUCCUAAUUGGAUACUUGGCGCGGCUUUCCUCUCGGUUGAGUAUUUUUGUGUUCCAUUGUGGUACAUUGUUCAGACUCAAAUCAUGAGAGAGUAUCCGGCCGAGUUUACCGUUGUUUGCUUUUAUAGCUUAGGCGUGAGCUUUUGGACUGCGUUAGUUACAUUGUUCACAGAAGGGAGUGACUUGGGUGUAUGGAAGAUAAAACCAAAUAUAGCUUUAGUGUCAAUCGUUUGCUCGGGAUUGUUUGGAUCUUGCAUAAACAAUACUAUUCAUACGUGGGCAUUGCGGAUCAAGGGGCCUUUAUUCGUUGCAAUGUUCAAACCAUUGUCGAUUGCGAUAGCUGUUGCAAUGGGCGUUAUAUUUCUUCGCGAUUCUCUCUAUAUCGGCAGCUUGAUCGGGCAACGGUAAUAACAAUGGGGUUUUACACGGUGAUGUGGGGCAAAGCUAAAGAAGUGGCCUUGGUCGAAGAUGACAAAAAGGCUAACCAUGAGCAGGCCAAUGAAGCUGAUAUUGACUCUCCAUUGGGUUCACAGAAGGCUCCUCUCUUGGAAAGUUACAAGAACGAUGAACAUGUCUAAGGAUCAUCAAGCAUUGAAGAUCGCGCUAUAUAUAUGUGUGAAAUUUCAUAUGUGAAUGUCUUUGUAAUUUAUUUGACAAAACAAAUGUGAUCUUUAAUUUUAGGAAUCAAAUGUUUUCUAAUCAAUCACUUAUAAUUUAGGAUAUCUUCAAAUCAUGUUUUUUAA